AUGUCUGGCCAGAGCUACAGUAUCUACAAUGCUGUCUAUGCGGUCGCACAUGCUCUCCAUGUCUCCUUGAGAUCCAAUCAAAAGGCAAUGGGGAAUGGGGGCACAGUAGAGCUCCAGAAUGUCCACCCGUGGCAGCUUCACUCCUUUUUGAAAAACGUUCGGUUCAACAAUAGCGCUGGGGAAGAAAUAUUUUUCGAUGAGAAUGGGGAGUUGGCAGCUGGUUGCGAUAUCAUCAAUUGGGUCACCUUUCCAAAUCGGUCCUUCCAGAGAGUCCAGGUUGGACGAGUGGCCCUCUGGGCUCCGGACGGUGAAGAGUUCUCCAUUGACAAGGACGUGAUUGUGUGGAAGCAAAGGCUACACCAGACUCCGCCCCAUUCCACAUGCGUUGCCAGCUGCCAGCCCGGGUACAGCAAAACCAUUCGGGAAGGGGAACAGAUUUGCUGCUAUGAUUGUUCUCCGUGCCCGGAAAGCAUGAUAUCAGUCCAGAAGGACGCAGAUCACUGCAACAGCUGCCCAGAAGAUCAGCAUCCAAACACGAACCAGGAUCGAUGUGUCCCCAAAACCAUGACCUACCUGUCUUACAGAGAACCCUUGGGAAUGCUUUUGGCUUCUUUGGCCGCAUUCUUCUCUAUAGUCACCGGUGUGGUGAUGUGGAGCUUCAUCCAGAACCAUAAUACUCCCAUUGUCAGAGCCAACAACUGGACCAUCACCUGUAUUUUGCUCUGUUCGCUGCUGCUUUGUUUUCUCUGCUCCUUGCUAUUUAUCGGCAAGCCAGGGAAGGUGACCUGCCUCGUCCGGCAAGUAAUGUUUGGCAUCAUCUUCUCCGUCGCUGUUUCUUCUGUCUUGGCCAAAACCAUCACUGUGGUUCUGGCUUUCAUGGCCACAAAGCCAGGAAACAGGAUGAGGAAAUGGUUAGGGAAGAAAUUGUCAGUCUUGGUCAUCAUUCUGUGUUUACUUAUUCAAACUGGCAUCUGUUCUUUGUGGUUGACUACCUCUCCCCCCUUCCCAGAGUUUGAUAUGCACUCCCAGAGUCAUCAGAUCAUCAUACAAUGCAACGAAGGGUCUGAGAUCAUGUUUUAUCUUGUGCUGGGCUAUAUGGGCCUUCUGGCCAUCAUCAGCUUCACCGUGGCGUUCCUUGCCAGAAAGUUGCCGGAUACUUUUAACGAGGCCAAGCUGAUCACCUUCAGCAUGUUGCUGUUCUGCAGUGUUUGGGUGUCCUUUGUCCCAACCUACCUGAGCACCAAGGGGAAAUACAUGGUGGCCGUGGAGGUCUUCUCCAUCUUGACCUCCAGUGCUGGAUUGUUGGGCCUCAUCUUCCUUCCGAAAUUCUACAUAAUUACCCUGCAACCUGAGCUGAACACUCGGGUACAGUUAGCCAGGAGAAAGAAUUGUGACGCUUAA